ACCAAAACUCAGUUUACAUCCUCCUCUCCUAUACUCACUAGGUCUCUUUCCUCCUCUGCAUCUGCCAGUUGCUCUCCUUGUCCUAACCUAGUGAGGGCUCCUGCAAGGCAUCUUCCAUCUGCACCAUUUUUUCACUCGAAGAAAACAAAACCAUAUUUUCCAGAAGUCUGUAAGGCACUGAGACGCAACAUUCAUCAUGGAGGCCAUCAAGAAGAAGAUGCAGAUGCUGAAGUUGGACAAGGAGAAUGCCAUUGACAGGGCAGAGCAGGCUGAGUCUGACAAGAAGGCAGCGGAAGAUAAAUGCAAACAGCUGGAAGAUGAGCUGCUUGGUCUGCAAAAGAAACUGAAGGGAACAGAGGAUGAACUGGACAAGUACUCAGAGGCCCUGAAGGAUGCUCAGGAGAAACUGGAACUGUCGGAGAAGAAAGCCACAGAUGCUGAGGGCGAUGUGGCAUCUUUGAACCGCAGGAUCCAGCUGGUGGAGGAGGAGUUGGAUCGUGCUCAGGAGAGGCUGGCCACAGCCCUGCAGAAGCUGGAAGAGGCUGAGAAGGCUGCAGACGAGAGUGAAAGAGGCAUGAAGGUGAUUGAGAACAGAGCCAUGAAAGACGAAGAGAAGAUGGAGAUUCAGGAGAUGCAACUCAAAGAAGCCAAACAUAUUGCUGAGGAGGCCGACCGCAAAUAUGAGGAGGUUGCCCGUAAACUGGUAAUCCUGGAGGGUGAACUGGAGAGAGCAGAAGAGAGAGCCGAAAUUGCAGAGCUUAAGUGUGGUGACCUGGAAGAGGAGCUGAAGAAUGUCACAAACAACCUCAAGUCUCUAGAGGCUCAGUCUGAUAAGUACUCUGAAAAAGAAGACAAAUACGAGGAAGAGAUCAAAGUCCUGAAUGACAGACUUAAGGAGGCGGAAACUCGUGCAGAAUUUGCGGAGAGGACAGUUGCGAAGCUGGAAAAGACCAUAGAUGACUUAGAGGAGAACCUGUCGAGUGCAAAAGAGGAAAACAUAGGAAUGCACCAAGUCCUGGACCAAACUCUGCAGGAGCUCAAUAGCUUGUAAAAUGCAGAGAAAAACAUCAGAUGAUUUUUUAAAAAACUUGUUUUGUGAAAGAUAUUUUCUACAUGCCAUUCAUUCUCUGUAAUUUCCCAUUUAUUCAUGGUUGUUAAACACAUGUAGGCCUUUUACAUAUUUAUGGUUCUUUAUUUUUUCUUUUCUUAAAAUGGUUUUGGGGCCAUGUGAUUUCAGUUUCGGUGCUGGACAUGAUGUAGACCAAACUCUGAGCACAAAUAAAACUGUUGAUGACAGUGUUGAUACUA